AUGAUUUGUCCUUGCAUAGAUUGUCGCAAUGUUUGCCAUCAAGCAAUAGAUACAGUUGUUGAGCAUCUAGUGAUUAAGGGUAUGGAUAAAAAGUACAUGAGGAAUUCUUGUCGGAGCAUGCAUGGUGAGAGAAGGGCUGAUAUGUCGGAUAGUGGAGAAACUAAGGCUUAUUAUUUGCUAAAGACUGCAUAUUUUGCGGAUGACUGCAUUCCUCCACCAUCAUCAACGAACAGUGGAGGAGAUCCUAAGGAUUGUGAAGCUACAAAAGAAUCUGAAUUUAGGCAGAAGUUGAGAGAUGCUGAGACUCCAUUGUACUCGAGUUGUCUCAAGUACACAAAGGUUUUUGCAAUCAUGGCACUUUACCGCAUAAAGGUGAAGAGUGGAAUGUCAGAGAAUUACUUUGACCAGCUACUUACAGCAGUGCAUGACAUGCUACCUGAGGACAAUGUGCUGCCAAAGAUUACAUAUGCGAUGAAGAAGUUUUUGAAGGUUUUUGGGAUUAGAUAUGAUGUGAUUCAUGCAUGCAAGAACGAUUGUAUCCUAUACCGGAAGAAGUUUGAGAAGAUAGAAAGCUGCCCAAGAUGUAUCCAACAGCUCCGAGUAACAAUAUUAGAUGUUUACCUAGUUCCACUGGUAGAUGAUUUAAAGGAUUUGUGGAAUGAGGGAAUUGAGGUCUAUGACGCAUACUUGAAAGAGAACUUUACACUAAGAGCUCUUCUGUUGUGGAGUAUCAGUGACUAUCCAGCCUUAGGGACAUUGACCGGAUGUAAAGUUAAGGGUAAGCAAGCGUGUAAUGUUUGUGGAAAGGAUACACCACAUAGGUGGUUGAAGUUUAUUCGGAAGUAUGUAUAUAUGGGCAACAAGAGGUGUCUAAGAUCCGGUCAUCCUUAUAGGUGCAGAAAGGCUUGGUUCAAUAACACAGUAGAGGAAGGGACUGCAAAGAGGAUUCAAACGGGUUAUGAAAUAUAUGAGGUACUAAAAGACUUCAGAAAUGAUUUUGGAAGACCUCAGGAUAAGGAAUCUAAAAGGAAAAGAGCUGAUUUAUUAGAAGGUGAGGCAGGUCCGUCUGAAGAGUAUGAAGAGUCCACUGAUCAGUGGCGGUGGAAGAAAUGGUCAAUAUUAUUUGAUUUUCCGUAUUGGAAGGAUUUGCUGGUGCGUCACAACAUUGAUGUGAUGCAUGUGGAAAAGAACUUGUCUGAUGCUAUUCUGUUUACAUUGAUGCAAAGCUCUAAGUCGAAAGAUGGAUUGAAAGCAAGAAAAGACUUAGACGACAUUGGAAUUCGUAGACACUUGCACGCAGAGGCAAGAGGAAAAAGAACGUAUCUGCCUCCAGCAGUUUACGGGCUGUCCAAGGAAGAGAAAUUUAUAUUUACCCAGAGGUUAUCAAAGUUCAGAGGCCCUGAUGGCUACUGCGGGAAUUUCGCCAAUUGUAUAUCAGUUAAACCUCCCAUGAUUGGAAGUCUGAAGUCACACGAUCACCAUGUUCUUAUCCAGAAUUUAUUACCUGCUGCGUUGAGAGGCUUGCUGCCAAAAGGACCUACGAUUGCUGUGAAUAGAGUAUGCAAUUACUUCAACAGAUUGUGUCAGCGUGUCAUUGACCCCGAGAAGAUGAUCUCCAUGGAGUCUUAG